UGCGGGCGAUAGUAAUAAGUGUUCUUGGAAAAUUACUUGAGAGCAGAACGAGCUAUGUCAUGACGCUUAAUGACGAAUCCUAUUUUAACACCCGGAAGAUUGAUUAUUCAUUCUUCUUCACUGCCAAGCAUCUUAUCGACACGGAGAGUAAAGAGUUCCACUCAACAGAAAAGAGAGCGACAACUUCUACUUGACAAGCAACUCCUGACGUCACCAGCGAAGUUCUGUUAUAAAACAGAAGUAGACGCAAAUAGCGAGCUCGUGACUUUCAAUUUACACUUUUUAUUCACGCUUGAAAUAAAAUCCAUUGAAGAAGCUGAUAAACGUCAUGCUUUCCGUCGUUUAAUUAUUAUUUGACGACGGACAUUACGAAAGAGAACAGAACAAUUAUUUGCUUUCAGUAAAGAAGAAAGCGAGGAGAAUAACGUCAGAGCUCCUGAUACUUCGGACCUUGCAUUGUGGACUCCUGGAUCCGUGGCACGAAGUUCGUGUCAUAUUAUUUGUUAAAUUCUCCAGCAGAUCCAGCUGGUGAGAUACUUAGUCCUUCUUUGAUUCUUGUCUGUAAAAACUUGACGACGGAAAAGAAGAACCGAGAAGAAGAAGAGAUUGACUUUCCCCCAAAAAACUGAAUAUUCAGAGCACCUGAUUUGUACGGAGGUGUUGUUUCUGAGUUUUCGUGUCUUUAAGAGUGUUGAGGAAGACCUGAUUUGGAACCAAAGAUGUCGAAUCUGCCUUUGACGAAGCAAGUUGUGGUUGAUGUCUUCAUAUUUUUGGCAGUAUGCCUGCCCUUGCUGGUGGUUAUGGUGUGGGGCGAACCCGUGCAGUCUGGCUUCUGGUGCAGAGAUGAGUCUGUUCGCUACCCGUACAAGCCAGACACGGUCAACACGUCCUUACUCCUGGUCAUGAGUUUUGGCGGGCCUUUCCUUGUGAUGACAGUUACAGAGACAAUCAGAGCUGCUCUGAAGACUCGGUUACCUCGACGUUUCCGAGGAGAGUUACUCAGCCUGGCCAAAGCCUAUGGGGCUUUCCUCUUCGGUGUUGCCGCCAACUGCAUCCUCACCGACACUCUCAAGUUCUCCAUCGGUCGGCCCAGGCCACAUUUCAUCGACCUGUGUAAACCCAAUUUUGACAAGAUCAAUUGUACGUCGGAUGACCUGGGACUCGAUAGGUUUGUCCUCGACUAUGAGUGCACCAACACAGAAGUGGACCACCGACUCCUUCGGGAGGCCAAACUUUCCUUCCCCUCUGGACACGCCUCUUUGUCGAUGUUCAGCGCCCUUUUUACCAUCUUCUACCUGCAACUCCGCAUGGAGAUCAAGUUCUCCCACCUGCUGCGUCCCACACUCCAGUUGUGCCUCAUUAUCUUAGCCGUCCUGUGUUGUGUCACGCGCAUCAUUGACCACAAACACUUCCCCUCUGACGUCGUCGCAGGGGCGUGUCUCGGCACUGUUGUGGCAUGGCUUUCGUUCUACAAGAUCGCCCAUAAACUCAUCCCAACAAUCGUCCCGGAUAAACAACCCUCAAAAGCGGCUCUGGCUCGUGCUACCUCUGUGGAAUCCGAACCCCAAACCCCCACACCUCUUUUACGACCAGAGCGUCUAGUUCUGAACCAGGGAAACAACUACAGAUCAUCAUGUCCAGUAUCAAAAGCAGAUUUUGCCAACAACGUUUGAAAGACUAUUUCAUAAACUUUUGGACUUACUCAGACUUUUUUAAAAUGCUAAGAUUUUGAUGGCACCGUUUCUGGCUGUUCGGCAAGACAGAUCUACGUUUCGACGCUGAACGUCAUUCCUGGUUGGUUUCCCUGAUAUUCGGGGCAAAAAAAAAAUGUUACUCACCACACAUGAACAUGCGGUUGAAUCCGGGGCUGUCUUUAUUUAUAAGUGCUAGCCUAGAAUCCGGAUAACACAAUGACAUGUUUCUUCGCUUUAAGUCCUACUUAGAUCCAUAGCAAAGACGACGUUUCUAAAGUAGGGCUUUUUUCUUCAGAUAUGUCUAUUAUUAUUUAUUAUCAUAUAUUUCUAGAUUCAGAAAGAAAAAUAUGAACGCAAUAUUUCUGCCCUGGUUAACCUAUUUUAAAAGAUGAUUAAAUCUUAUGGAUGAAAUUGUUCAAAUGUCCAUAGUCCUAGCGAAUGUUUUUUUUUCUGAAAUAUUGUUUACAAGUGAAUGUCUAUACUAUUAUUGUUUUAAAUACCAUGUCAGGUUUUUUUUCGAAACUGAUUUGGCUACGAUAAAAUCUCUUUUUAAAUGGUCUCUCUGCAAAAGUCGUCUUUUUUCUAUUAUACGUCUUAAGACGAGAUUUAUUGGACUGGGCACGAUGGAUACAAUGUGAUAUAACGUUUCGUUUCAGUGUAUGUUAUUAUUGUCUGCAUUGCUCAUUUUUAGACUGUAGUUCACAUUUUUUCUUAAGCACAUAAACACUAAAGAAAAUUGUUGUCCUUUUUAUAUGAAUCGUGUCAAGACUUACGUGUCAAAACUUUUAACUCACACUCACAAAACUGACAAGUUCAAAUUAUUCACUUGAACGAUGUUUGUGCGAACGACUUGAAGCACGCCUGUUAUUCUAUUUCUGCCCACAAAGCACUUUUCUUCUCUACAGAGAUUUCAAAGUAUUAUCAUAUAAUGCUACAAGUACUUGUUAUACACAAGCAUUCUUGGGAGAGACAAAAAAUGACCCAUUGUCGCUCUAUGCGUGACGUUAAGGAGUGCACGAAUAUUGAUAUUUUAUUUUCUAAGGGCAUCGACCUUAUGACAAGUUUAUCCAGACGCUACCUUACAAAAUUCUAUCUGGUAUU